AUGCCCUCGAUAAAGCGACAGGCGUCCGACAGUUUUAGCCAGCCACAAGCCCUGGUCAAGAGACAAAAGUCUAGUUCAGACCUCAACGACAGCCAGGCCCUUACUGUCGGCGGGAGAGAUCAGAAUGGCACACUCGUACCCUCGUCUCUUCGCACGAGCGCACUUCCUGCUCCCAUCAUGGAAUUGACAGGUCAUUCUGGCGAAAUCUUUGCGGUAAGAUUCGAUCCAACCGGUCAACACAUUGCUUCUGGGUCCAUGGACCGGUCGAUAAUGUUGUGGAAUACGUACGGCCAAUGCGACAACUACGGAAUAAUGACCGGUCACAAGGGUGCGGUGUUGGACUUGCAAUGGUCCCGGGAUUCAAAAAUAAUAUACUCUGCGUCUGCGGACAUGACGGUGGCAAGUUGGGACCUCGAAACUGGGUUGCGGAUUCGCAAACAUGUCGGUCAUGAGGAGGUCAUAAACUGCUUGGACCUGAGCAGACGCGGUCAAGACUUGAUACUCAGUGGCAGCGAUGAUGGAUGCAUCGGCAUAUGGGAUCCCCGGCAGAAGGCCGCCGUGGACUAUAUCGAGACCGAAUUUCCCAUUACCGCUGUGGCCAUGGCUGAACAAGGCCACGAAAUCUAUUCUGGCGGAAUCGACAACGACAUUAAGGUUUGGGAUGCGCGCAAGAUGGAGGUCACGUACACGCUGAGUGGUCACGGAGACACCAUCACUUCAUUGGAAGUCUCUCCAGACUCGCAAACGCUGCUCUCCAACUCCCACGAUUCAACGGUACGAACCUGGGACAUCAGGCCGUUUGCUCCAGUUGAUCGAGCCGUCCGUGUCUACGACGGUGCCCCCGCGGGGUUCGAGAAGAACCUCAUUCGUGCGAGUUGGAGUCCAAAAGGAGAUAAAAUUUGUGCCGGUUCCGGUGACCGGACGGUGGUAGUUUGGGACACUCGAUCCGCCAAACUGCUCUAUAAGCUGCCAGGCCAUAAAGGAACGGUGAAUGAUGUACGGUUCUCGCCUACUGAAGAACCCAUCGUUGUAUCUGCUUCCACCGAUCGAAGUCUUGUGCUGGGUGAGCUCGGAAGAUGA